UGACAACCUUCCACUGUAACCGCGUGUGCAUGGCUCCCGGAGCGAGCAGCGCGGCGAUCGGUGGUGCGCUGUGUCCCUCGGACACAGCGGAUCACCGAUCAACGGAAAGAGCUGAAGAGGUCAGCUCGGUCAUGUGAUCAGCUGUGUCCAAUCACAGCUGAUCACAUGGGACAUCUACACUGAUCAUCAGGGCACUGAUGAUCAGUGUGCCCUGAUGAUCAGUGUAGCCCCAGCAGUGCCACCUCUCAGUGUCCAUCAGUGCCAGCUGUCAGUGCUCAUCAGUGCCACCUGCCAUGCCUCAUCAAUACCAUAUAUCGGUUCCUACCAGUGCACAUCAAUGCCACAUAUCAGUGCCCAGCUGAGCUGCCUUUCAGUGCCACCUAUCAAU